AUGUCACUCGUCCAUCAGCUCCGUCUCACACUCUUUUCCUCUAGUCUUAAACUCUCCGUGCUCACCCUCGUCAAAGCUCAUCUCCGCAUUCGGCUCCUUUGCUCAUCCGCAUUCGGCUCCUUCGCUCAUCCGCUCAACCAACUCCUCAAGAUUAUUCUCAUUUCAAUCAACGUUUUCUCAUUGGCAAAACUCGAAACCAUCGGCAAAUUGAGUCGGAUUCAGGUGGAGGAGGAAGAAAUUUGA